AUGAUACCUUGGGAUGGGUGUAAAUCUAAGCAAAUCGCUUCUGCUCCAAGAACAGAAGACUGUGUCGGUUGUAAGAGAUGUGAAUCCGCUUGUCCAACAGAUUUCUUGAGUGUUCGAUUAACAAUAUUUGUAGUUUUCCCGAUAUCCGCAGGUUCCUUAAUUUUCUUUUUACCCCAUAGAGGAAAUAAGGUAAUUAAGUGGUAUACUUUAUCUAUAUGUAUUUUAGAACUCCUUUUAGUAACUUAUGCGUUCUCUUAUUAUUUCCAAUUGGACGACCCAUUAAUCCAAUUAACAGAAGAUUAUAAAUGGAUCCAAUUUUUUGAUUUUUACUGGAGAUUGGGAAUAGAUGGAUUUUCUUUAAGCCCUAUUUUACUGACAGGAUUUAUUACUACUUUAGCUACUUUAGCGGCUUGGCCAAUUACCCGGGAUUCCCGAUUAUUUCAUUUUCUGAUGUUAGCAAUGUAUAGUGGUCAAAUAGGAUUAUUUUCUUCUCAAGAUCUUUUGAUUUUUUUUAUCAUGUGGGAGUUCGAAUUAAUUCCUGUUUAUCUACUUCUAUCCAUGUGGGGGGGAAAGAAACGUCUGUAUUCAGCUACAAAGUUUAUUUUAUAUACUGCCGGAGGUUCCAUUUUUUUGUUAAUGGGAGCCUUGGGUAUCGCUUUAUAUAGCUCCAAUGAACCAAGAUUCCAUUUUGAAACAUCAGCCAAUCAAUCCUAUCCCAUAGCACUAGAAAUAUUUUUUUAUAUUGGAUUUCUUAUUGCUUUUGCUGUCAAAUCGCCGAUUAUACCCUUACAUAUAUGGCUACCAGACACCCAUGGGGAAGCACAUUACAGUACUUGUAUGCUUCUAGCCGGAAUCUUAUUAAAAAUGGGGGCGUAUGGGUUGGUUCGAAUCAAUAUGGAAUUAUUACCUCAAGCUCAUUCUAUCUUUUCUCCCUGGUUGAUAAUAGUGGGCGUGACACAAAUAAUUUAUGCAGCUUCAACAUCUCUUGGUCAACGAAAUUUAAAAAAAAGAAUAGCCUAUUCUUCUGUAUCUCAUAUGGGUUUCAUAAUUAUAGGAAUUUGCUCUAUAAGUGAUAUGGGACUUAAUGGAGCCAUUUUACAAAUAAUAUCACAUGGGUUUAUUGGUGCUACGCUUUUUUUCUUAGCAGGAACGGGUUAUGAUAGAAUACGUCGUGUGUAUCUUGACGAAAUGGGCGGAAUGGCUCCCUCAAUGCCAAAAAUAUUCACGACAUUUAGUAUCUUAUCGCUAGCUUUAGAUGAAAAUGAGAGAAGCAAGAGGAGUCAUGCAGUAAUGGAGAUAACGCACAGCAAAAUCGUGGAGAAGAGAAGCGAAAAUGGCGGAGAAGAAUGA